AUGGCGGGACCCAGGCCCUCAUACUUCUCCCCACGGCCAGGCAGUGGUAGGGGCGGGCCCAGAGGACCGGUGCCGGUGGGGGUUGACACUCCGGUCUGGUUGACCGCCCAGGCGGCUCUGAGCAUGCUGAUGGUCCAGCCGGGAAUCCAGCAGGGGGUCAGCCCAGGCCCUGAGGUGUGGGAGAUGCCCCUGGGUCCCCUGCCAUACAAAUUCCGGGGCGGGAUGGCACCCUGCACGCCCGGGGUCGGAGCUAGCAAGGUGGGAGCCUGGUUCCCGAGCCCCUCAGAGGGCACCUUCCCCAGGCCCUACAUCGUCCUGCAGUGCAUCCCAAGGUUGGCACUGCCAGAGGACGUCUCAGCCAUAGAGAAAGAGAUGGAGCAGCUGGCCAAGGAGCUGAGGCGAAAGAGAAUGGCCCUGGGGUACUCACAGGCCGACGUGGCGUUUGGUGGGGCUCUCUUUGGAAAGGUUCUUAGCCAGACAACUGUCUGCCGCUUUGAGGCCCAGCAGCUCAGCAUCGCCAACAUGUGGAAGUUGGGACUGUUGAUGAAAAUGUGGCUGGAGGAAGUGGACACCAAGAACUUUAUGGGUGUAUGCAAAAUAGAGAUGAUCCUGCAGCAGGCUCGGAAGCGAAGACAGGAAAGCAGGGAGCGACGCAUCGUAAACUAUCUAGAGAAACUCUUCUUGCAGUGCCGGAAGCCACCCCAGCAAAUCAGCCGCAUCGCUGGGCAGCUCCGGCUACAGAAGGAACUGGUCCGAGUUUGGUUCUAUAAUCGGAACAAGAUGGAUGGUCAGCCAACCAUUGAUUUCUCCCCACAGGAGGAUGUGGGGGCAGGGGGGUGGCCUCCUUUCCCAGGGGGGCCGGUAUGCUUUCCUCUGGCAUCAGGGCCCCAUUUUGGUUCCCCCUGCUAUGAAGAGCCCUAUUUUAUACACUUCACCCCUUACCCUGUGAAGGGGACCCACCUCUCUGCCCCAGCCACCCCUCUUGGCUACUCCAGGCUUUCAAACUGAGGGGCCCGCCCUUCUGGGCAGAGCUGAACUGGGGAAAUGGGUGAUGCCUGAAGUUCAUUUCAGGGCUGUUAACAUUAAGAGCUCCAUUAACUGUCUAAAGAGGUUAAUACUUAAGGUAUGGUUUGGGAGUUGUUUAGGAAAUUCAGGGGAGGGAAGUUGAAGUUUAUUAUUCCAGUGUUUUUACCUAGCAUUGACUUUAAGGUACAUUACGUAUAUGGUUUAGGAUAUUUUGUUUCUCUCUCUCUCUGUUAUUAAUUGAAAAUUACUUGUGUCUGUUAUUCCUUGUGAUUAUCAGUAAACAUCGGAUUUUUUUCCUUAUAAACACACCAUUGGAUGAAAAAUUCAAACACAGAAGAUUAUUUCAGUAUACCUUUUUUUUUUUUAAUCAAAACCAAGCAGAACUUUAUGUAAAAAUAAACAUAGAGUCCAAGAUAAUAGUAACCUCUGGGGGAAGGUUUGAGGUUGAGGUACAGAAAGAGUACACAAUACCUACCCAAGGGACCAUGCUGAAAUACAAGUGUUUUCUUGUGCUCCUCCCUUUCUUGAAAGAUGCUUUUUUUUUUUUUUCCUCCUAUUCACCUUUUCAUUUAGAGUGCUCAGUUUCAGGUGGAGGUCUCAAUCCAGAUCUCCACCUUAUGGAAUCCCACUGGUUUAUCCACAGUCCUGCCCAGGUCAUUGUGUUUGGAACCCCUUUCUUACUGAGGUUGGCAAGGUGGACAACACUUGCUCAGCCUCAGCUCCAGCUUACUUCUCUGGUUCUCAGCUCCAUUUGGUUUAUUACCUGGCUGUUUUCCUUACUUUCUUUUGAACUCAGAUAUGCAUCUUAGAGAAUAUCUGUGAUGGUUGAGUCAACAUUCCCUGGUUUUUGUGAUGGUAUAUGUUAUACCACUUUUCCAAUCUCUCCUACGAAAUUGGUCUUUUCUAGUUUUCUCCUUCUACAUUGGUAAAUUUUGAUCAUCAUAUACUAAACAGACAUACCUGCAUAUAAUAUUUAUUGCUUUCUGAUUCCAUCACUAAAUAUUAUAUAUGAGUCUUCUUAA